GCGGUGGGUGCUGCGGCCAGCCCCGUGUCCCGGAGCUGAGAAAAGCUGCUGCUGCUGGGAGCCUAGCCGUGCGGAUAUGUUUCACACUCUGUGCUGGCUGGCUGUACUUACAGAAGAUAUUUAAAAACAAACAUUUUUGUCAAAGAUUUUGAUUCCAGUGGAAUCUGUGCUUUAGAUUUUGUCUUGUGAAUUAACUUCUGAAACAAUGCCUGUACAAGCUCCACAAUGGACGGAUUUUCUCUCCUGCCCAAUUUGCACACAAACUUUUGAUGAAACGAUCCGGAAGCCCAUCAGCUUGGGCUGCGGCCACACUGUCUGCAAGAUGUGCCUCAACAAGCUCCACCGUAAGGCAUGCCCCUUCGACCAGACCACUAUCAAUACAGAUAUUGAUCUCCUCCCUGUGAACUCAGCCUUGUUGCAGCUAGUGGGUGCUCAGGUUCCUGAGCAGCAGCCAAUUACUUUGUGCAGUGGAGCAGAAGACACCAAACAUUAUGAGGAGGCCAAGAAAUGCGUGGAAGAACUAGCAUUGUACCUCAAACCACUCAGCAAUGCGAGAGGUGUGGGUCUGAACAGUACCACUCAGAGUGUGCUAAGUCGCCCCAUGCAGAGGAAGCUUGUAACGCUAGUUCACUGCCAGCUAGUAGAGGAAGAAGGGCGGAUCAGGGCCAUGCGUGCAGCACGGUCACUGGGUGAAAGAACAGUCACAGAGCUCAUUCUUCAACAUCAAAAUCCCCAGCAACUCUCUUCCAACCUCUGGGCUGCAGUGAGGGCCAGGGGCUGCCAGUUCCUUGGGCCAGCAAUGCAAGAGGAAGCACUGAAGCUGGUUCUGCUGGCUCUGGAAGAUGGAUCUGCUUUGUCACGAAAGGUCUUGGUUCUCUUUGUGGUGCAGAGAUUGGAGCCACGAUUUCCUCAAGCUUCUAAAACCAGCAUUGGGCAUGUUGUCCAGCUUCUUUACAGAGCCUCCUGCUUCAAGGUGACUAAACGUGAUGAGGACUCCUCCCUGAUGCAGUUGAAGGAGGAGUUCCGUACCUAUGAAGCUCUGCGAAGGGAACAUGAUUCCCAGAUUGUGCAGAUUGCCAUGGAAGCAGGUUUACGCAUUGCACCGGAUCAGUGGUCCUCGCUGCUAUACGGAGAUCAGUCCCACAAAUCCCACAUGCAGUCCAUCAUUGACAAGUUGCAGACCCCAGCCUCAUUUGCACAGAGUGUUCAAGAACUAACCAUUGCUCUCCAGAGGACUGGAGACCCAGCCAACCUGAACCGGCUUCGACCUCACCUAGAGCUCUUGGCAAAUAUUGACCCUAGUCCAGAUGCCCCACCCCCAACAUGGGAACAACUAGAAAAUGGAUUAGUUGCUGUGAGGACUGUGGUACAUGGACUAGUUGAUUACAUCCAGAAUCACAGCAAGAAAGGAACAGAUCAGCAGCAGCCUCCUCAACACAGCAAGUAUAAGACAUACAUGUGCCGAGACAUGAAGCAGAGAGGAGGGUGUCCUCGUGGAGCCAGCUGCACCUUUGCACAUUCGCAGGAGGAAUUAGAAAAAUUUCGUAAAAUGAACAAACGCCUGGUUCCCAGAAGACCCCUGAGUGCCUCCUUGGGCCAGCUAAAUGAGGUGGGCCUGCCUUCAGCAGCUAUCCUCUCGGAUGAAGGGGCAGUGGACUUGCCCAGUAGAAAAUCCUCUGCCUUGCCGAAUGGGAUUGUGUCUACGGGCAGCACAGUGACGCAGCUUAUCUCCCGAGGGACCGACUCCGGCUAUGAUUCUGCUCUGAAGCCAGGGAAGAUCGACCACCUUAGCAGCAGUGCCCCUGGAUCCCCUCCUGACUUGCUGGAGUCUGUCCCCAAGAGCUCUAUUUCUGCCUUACCAGUGAACCCCCACCCUGUGCCCCCGAGAGGACCUACAGACCUGCCUCCAAUGUCCAAGCAACUCCAAAUGGUACCACGAGGGUCACAGUUGUAUCCUGCUCAACAGGGAGAUGUGUUUUAUCAGGAUCCUAGAGGAUCUGCCCCACCAUUUGAGCCAUCACCUUAUCCACAAGGUGUGUACUAUCCUCCUCAGUCCUCACAGUGCAUGUCUCGUUUUGUCCGACCUCCACCAACUGCUCCUGAACCUGGUGGUCCUUACUUAGACCAUUACCCACCCUACCUUCAGGAUCGUAUGGUGAAUUCGCAGUACGGCACACAGCCACAGCAGUAUCCUCCCAUGGGACAACCUAUGUACCAACAUUAUGAGAGCCGGCGUGUGUACCCCUCUGCCCAACCAUACCAGCGGGAAGAGAUUGUCCGAGGAAGCCCUGUGCCCAUUGACAUUCCACAUGGAGCUGCACCUCCCUACGUACCUGAAUCCAGAGACCGAUACCAGCAAAUGGAGGGUUAUUAUCCCGUGGGUCCACAUCUCAAUCAGAUCAGACCAUACCACAGAGAGCCUUAUAACCGACUUCCGCCUCCAUCUCAAACCCAUCCCAGCCUGGAUGAGCUUCAUCGUCGAAGGAAGGAAAUCAUGGCCCAGUUAGAAGAAAGGAAGGUGAUCUCCCCACCUCCCUUUGCACCGUCACCAACUUUGACUCACCCUUUCCACCCAGAGGAGUACUCGGAUGAAGACCUGAAGGUAGCUGGGAAAUACAAAGGAAAUGAUUAUAGCCAGUACUCUCCUUGGUCGUGUGACACCAUUGGCUCCUACAUUGGAACCAAAGAUGCAAAACCCAAAGAUGUUGUGGCAGCAGGGAGUGUAGAGAUGGCGAACAUAGAUAGUAAAGGCAUGCGUGACCAGCGGUUGGACUUACAGAGAAGGGCAGCAGAAGCUGGGGACGAUGACCUCAUCCCAUUUGGUGACCGGCCAACUGUGUCAAGGUUUGGGGCCAUCUCGCGUACUUCCAAAACAAUGUACCAGAGUUCUGGCCCCAUGCAGGCCAUGGCGGUACAGGGAGCUUCCACCAAAUCUAUCAACAUUUCAGAUUACAGUCCGUAUGGAACUCAUGGCGGCUGGGGAGCUUCUCCAUAUUCACCCCACCAAAACAUACCUUCUCAGGGACGCUUCAGUGACAGGGAGAGAUUGUCCAUGUCAGAUGUGGCCAGUCACGGGAAACCCUUGCCGUCAGCUGAGAGGGAGCAGCAGCUCAGGCUGGAACUGCAGCAACUAAACCAUCAGAUCAGCCAGCAGACGCAGUUACGAGGACUGGAGGCUGUUAAUAACAGGCUGCUGUUGCAGAGGGAGGCGACCACCCUGGCAGGCCAGCCACAGCCGCCACCUCAUAAAUGGCCUGCAAUGAUCUCAAGUGAACAGCUGAGUAUGGAACUGCACCAGGUGGAAAGGGAAAUCGGGAAGAGAACCCGUGAGCUGAGCAUGGAGACCCAGUCUUCACUGGACAUGAAAAGCAACCUGGGCACCAAUAAACAGACAGAAAAUGGACAACUAGAACCACAAAGCAAGGUUCCAGCUGAGGACCUCACACUGACGUUCAGUGAUGUUCCAAAUGGAUCAGUCUUGACGCAAGAGAACAUCAGCCUCCUGUCAAACAAGACCACAUCUCUGAACCUGUCAGAGGACCCAGAGGGGGGAGGAGACCAUCAGGACUCCCAGAGAACAGGAGUUGCACCCACCUCUUCUCCAUGAAGU